AUCAAAAAUUGCAUCGAAAAUAUCGUCGUACUUAAAGACCAGCAUGCUAAAACUAAAGCUGGCCAUCGGUACUUGGACAGGCCUGGGGCUAAUUUGAGUGAUUUGGUAAACCCAAUCAUCCUGAAGCUCAUAAAAGAAGAAGACAAUCUUGGAAUGGCUCAUUUGGAGCCAAUAUAUAUCCUCCUCAUUAUUAAAGCUGCAUCUUAUAAAUUCGCUUGUCGUCUCUGA